ACGUACGUUUACGGUUAUGGCCUUACUUGUUCGAAUUUCAACAAGUCAUUGCAACCGAACAGUAAAGGAAAAAUUGAAAAAUCUUCUUAUCCUUUUAUUCACGAUGAAAUACGUGAUGACAAGUGAAAUUAUAAAAAAGGAAACUUGAAAUUUUCACGAGACAGGCAGGGAUGGGAACAUCAAAUAUUCCGAAGGUAGGUUAGCUCGAUUGGGAAAUCAAAGAACGGAAGACACGAACGUGGCCGCUCAUCGUUUGCGGAUUGCGAAAUAUAGAAUUCGGCGUUACAUCAAUUUCUUACUAUAUAUUAUUAUUCGUUGAAUGAAAUAUUUUUUUUUCUCUCGGAUAUCGUGCAAAAAUGUUUUUGAAAAGGUGUGUAAUAAAACAUCGAGAUGUUAUUAAUAACAUUGUGUUUAUUGUAAACAGAUACAUUCGAUUUUUUUCAUUUAUGAUUUAUGAUGGAACGUUGAUCGAGAUAUUGUUUUUUUUUUUUUACCAUUUUUAUGUAAUUUGUUGAUUUUCCAUCGUUAUCAAACAAUAUUUCUACGGAUCGAUUGAAAUGAACACGUUAUCUUGAAAACCAUAUUUUUUUUUUUUCUAGAAAAUGAACGUUUAAUGUAUUACGUUAAAAAUGAAAUCGUGACUAAAUUGAUUAAAAAUUUAAUCAAUAAUUCAUAGUUAGUCGUGUUAUUGACUGCAUUAUGCUGAAUAGAUAAAAAUUUACGUACAAUCGAAUUAAAAAAUCGCUUAAUAGAUUACAUGUUCAAAUAUUAAGUAUAUUUAAUAUACGAUAUUAUUGCAAUGAGCUAUUCUUGUUCACUCUCUGGUCACGCUUUCUCUAAGAAAUUCGAGACAGAGCUUUGCUUUUCCAUUUGUACGAUAUACUCGGCAAUUAUAUUUUAUUUAAAGUUAUUUGAGAUAGAUACUUGCAUAUUGUAUCGAUUUACAAUCGAUAACAAUAUUUAUAUUCCAGAAAAAAUCUAUUUCAACCUUGUUUUUACAUCGAUAUAUCUUUGUAGAAAUCUUUGUAUGUAGAAAUUUGAAAUUUAGUUUCUAUAUUUAAUAAAAAUAUACAUAUUUAUAAUGAAAUUUUUUUUUUUAAUAAAUAUUUCUCAUAUUAAUAGUAUUGCGAUGCACGACAUUCGAAAGAUAAAAAUUGAUUUUUGACAAACUCGUAAUCAAAUUAAUGAUGAAAGGCUGAAUAAUUGCUGAUCGAGCGUUAUUUGAUAUUUUGUGGUAUCAUCUUGAUAGUUCUUUUUUGAUGUGAACCUAAUCUUCUGUGAAUUUCAAAAACAGGCAUGGAUUGAAGAUUGUUACGUCCUUAACAUAUUAUAUCUCUGAAAGAAAAACAGAAAUUUCUUCCAAUGGAAACAAUCAUUGCGAAAAUUUUUGGAAUAUUUCGAUUUUGAUAGUUCUAAUAAUCCGAUUCUAAUAGAUUUUUUAUGAGAGAAUAGUAAGUAUUUAUACUUACUUACUUACCACUGGAGAAUUUUUAAAGUUUUUGAUUUGAUAUUUGAAAGCUAUCGAGACACAAAAAGUAACUGUAAAGAAAUUAUGAAUCAUGUACCAUUUAAGUAAACUGAUAUUUUAUAAUGAACGAAAUUCUAUAUAUUUUCGUUUAAAAAUGGCGGUAAAUUUUUGACCAUAUCGUAAAUCUAAUCUUUGUUAUGAAGGACUCAGAUAUACUAGUCAUAUAUCUCAAUAAAUAAUAUCGAACAAUUGAUGUUAUUGUUAUGUUAUAAUUGUUAUAUUAUUAUUUGGUUGUGAAGUUAAUGAAACCUUAAAAAACGAAGGAUAAAUUAUUUUUUUCCUAUAAGAAUAAUUCCCGUUAUUUUAGCUUGUGUUUUUUGUUCUUCAUUUCUAUGUUUAUAUUUUAAGUGAUUUAACAAAUAUUUGAAUAAUAUUUUUAAUUGUAGAUUCGAUUUUAAAAAAAAUAUAUUUAAGAUUGCUUCGCAAGAUAACUUGAAAUAAAAUAAAAUUAUUGUUUUGCAUUAAUUCUUAUUCAUACUAUUACAUAUUACAUAUAUACUAUUACAUGAAAAUCUAUAUGAUAGAAUUAUCUUUAUAAUAUAAUAUAUUUACUAAUGUAUAUUUAUGCAUAUUUGAUAACAAAGUAGAAAAAUUUCAAGAAAAAUAUUUAUUAUUAUGUUGAUUAAAAAAUACAAAAUUAAAAAUUUUAUAUUUAACUAAAAUUUUAGAUAAUAAAGAUUUUUAAAAAAUAUUCAAAUUUUUACAUUUAAAUUUUUUUUAUAAAACAAAUCGAUUCUAUCGAAUAUUGAUAUGCAUCAUCGAUUCAUCGAGAAGUUUGAUAAAAGUCGAAUAGUGAAAGCCUAAAAUGGCGAUCAGUAGACGCUAGUAACAGCUGUUCUGACGCUAGAAAGGUAUUGAAGUGAAUAAAAUUUAUAUAUCUUUCUUUUUUUUAUUAUUAAUUUAAUUGAAUAUCUAUUUAAUAAAUUUAAUAAUACCAAUGAUUAAUUGGAAAAAUCAAUCUAUUACAUAUAUUCGAAGAAAUAAAUAAAUGAAAAUACUUGUCAAGAUAUAGGUUAUAUGUCGUAUUUAUGUAUUGCCUGAAAAUGAUUUUUGGGUUUAUAACAUUUUAUAACAUUAAAUAAGAAAAGAAAAGAGAAAAUUCAUUUUUUAAUAAAAAACGUGCCAAAAUGUCAAAUUGGAAUGAAAGUAAAGGCCCGAUUCCUCCACGAUGGCUUCAUUGUCCACGGAAAGCAAUCAAAUUAAUUCAAAAUAAGUUCCUUGCUUUCAAAACUCCAUUGUCGUCUUCAUAUGACAGCCAAGUACCAGAAGAAUGUCGGUUUACAGUGGAUAUGUUAUUCGCAUCGUUAAAAAGUCAGAAAAUAAAGUUAGGUUUAUGGAUUGAUCUAACUAAUACUACAAGAUUUUACGAUAAAAAAAGCUUAGAAGCGUAUGGUUGCAAAUAUUUAAAGUUACAGUGUAGGGGUCAUGGUGAAACUCCUUCUGAAGAACAAACAAGAACAUUUGUGCAAGUUUGUAAAAAAUUUAUAUCAUAUAAUCCAUUAGAAGUUAUUGGUGUUCAUUGUACACAUGGUUUCAAUAGAACUGGCUUCCUUAUAAUUAGUUAUUUAGUAGAAACUGAUGGUACUAGUGUUGAUGCUGGUUUGGCAGAAUUUGCUAAUGUAAGACCACCAGGCAUAUAUAAAGGUGAUUAUAUUCAAGAAUUAUUUAGGCGAUAUGAUGACAUUGAGGAUGCUCCUGAUCCUCCACCAAGACCAGCUUGGUGUUUAGAAUAUGACGAUUCUAAUGUAGAAGACAGAGAUGAAGGUCCAAGUACAGAUAAUGAUAAUUAUAAUCAAGAUAUAUUUAAUAAAAGAAGAAGACGAGAAUUUAAUAAUAAAAAUCCAGUAUUUAUGGCUGGUAUACCUGGAGUAAAACCUAUUUUAGAUAAUAGAAAAUUAAGUGGAAUACAAAGACGUGUUCAAGAUAUCUGUUCUUGGAAAUCAACUGGAUUUCCAGGUUCUCAGCCAGUUUCUAUGGAUGAAGAUAAUAUUAGAUUGUUGCAUGAAAAACCAUAUAGAGUAUCAUGGAAAGCAGAUGGGACCAGGUAUAUGAUGUUGAUUCAGGCAGAUGGAGAAAUUUAUUUUAUAGAUAGAGAUAAUAGUGUAUUUCAAGUUAAUGGAAUGACUUUUCCACAUCCAAGAGAUAUAUCUAGAACUCUUAAAGAUACAUUGUUAGAUGGUGAAAUGGUGAUUGACAAAGCAGAUGGUAAAGAAUAUCCAAGAUAUUUAGUUUAUGAUGUAGUGAUGUAUGAUAGCAGAGAUGUUAGUAAAUUGCGAUUUCAUCCUGACCGUUUUUGUAUCAUUGAGCGUGAAAUUAUAGGUGGCAGACAUAGAGCAAUGAAAGAAGGAAAAUUAAGAAAAGAAAUGGAACCCUUUUCAGUACGAUUAAAAUCCUUUUGGGAUGUAAUACAGGCCGCUAGUUUAUUAAGUGAAAAAUUUGCCAAACAAUUAGGCCAUGAACCUGAUGGCUUAAUAUUUCAACCUGCUAAUGAACCCUAUUGUCCAGGACUUUCACGAGAAGUUUUAAAAUGGAAACCUUUAUCACAUAAUUCAGUUGAUUUUAGAUUAAAAAUAGUAACAGAAUCUGGGGAAGGAAUUCUUCCACAAAAAAUUGGACAACUCUAUGUAGGUGGUAUAAAAGAACCAUUUGAUAGAAUGAAGGUCACUAAACAAAUAAAAGAUUUAAAUAAUGCAAUUAUAGAAUGUAAAUUUGAAAACGGCAAAUGGGUGUUUAUGCGUGAAAGAACUGAUAAAUCAUUUCCUAAUUCAUUUAGUACAGCUCAAUCUGUAUGUAAAAGUAUUAUAAAACCUAUAACAACUGAACGACUUUUAGAUUAUAUAAAUAGGCAUCGAUUUUUACAAGAUGAUUCUGAUCUUAUGCCGCCACCGAAUAAAAAGCGUAAAUGAUUGUAUUUAGUUUUAAUGAUACUAUAAUAUAUUUAAAAAUUAAAAAAUAAUAGAUUUAUUGUAAAAUUUUAAUGAAUUUACAAGCAUGAAAAUUAUUCAAGCUUUACAAUUAAUUAUAUCUAGCUUAUUAUAUUCCAUCAAAUUUGUUUUAAUUGCUGUAAAACUUUAAUAAUCUUAAAUUGUUCAUUCAAUAAAGAAACUUUGUAAUAAA